GUUUGAUACCGGUAACUGUGAGCAAUGAGAACUUGGUUAAAUCAGAGAGGUCAGCGCCUUCAGUCGCCGCCUCAACGGCAGUCUGAAGGAAGCGACAAAAAAUAAAAAGCGAGGGAGAAGAAACUACUACCAGCUAUCCACAUCCCUUCUUUUACCGCUGGAUGUGAGCGCAGAGAGGCUUUUGUGUGUUUGUGUGUUCAUAAAGACCCGCCUGGGAAAGAACAGGACGGGCUGCGGAAGCGUCAGAGAAGCGCUUUUCUCCUAGACGGACAGGGAAGCCGCACACUGGACUCACACAUCGUAAAAGCCUUCAUUGGCUUUGUGUCUUCAGUCUGUGCCAUCCGUCUCACCAUGGAAGACCUGCUGAGUGGGGCCAGUGAUGGGGCCAGCGCCCUGCAGACUUCAUCACGUCACAGAUGCCCCUUGCUGUCUUUAUCUCUGUAUGAAUGACUGUUUUGGAAACAAUAAAGCCCCAAAUUCCUCUUAGAUUGAACAAAGGGAGCCAUGCAUCCGCUGCUGUCCCUCAGUGUCUUCGGGCUGCUGCUGCCCGCAGCCUUGAUGCUUGUGGAGGACUUACCGCUGGACUGUGUCCCACGCAGAUCUGUCCCCUAUCACAGCAACAAUGCCCUUCUGUUUUGGGAGGAGAGUGUGUUCAACUACUCAACCAUGCUGUUAAGAGAAGACCUGGACUUGUUGGUGGUGGGUGCCAGGGAGGCAGUGUUCGCUCUCAACCUCAGAAACAUCUCCAAGAAAAUUACUUCAAUUAAAUGGGAAGUUUCUCAAAAGCAAGUGGCGGAAUGCGUGAAAAAAGGAAAGAAUGCAGAGAGAGAGUGCAAGAACUAUAUUAGAAUACUCCAUAAGAUGAAGGAUGGUAAAAUGUACGUGUGUGGAACCAAUGCUUUUGACCCAGCAUGUGGCCACAUGUCUUAUACAGAUGGAAAUUUGGUUUUUAAAAAUGCAGAGGAGGAUGGCAAAGGAAAGUGCCCAUUUGAUCCGUUCCAAAAGCAUGCUUCCAUAAUGCUAGAGGAUGACCUCUACUCAGCCACGUCCAUGAACUUCCUCGGCUCUGAGCCCGUCCUGAUGCGCAGCUCUUCUGGGUCCAUACGUACUGAGAUUAAAACCUCCUGGCUUUAUGACCCCAACUUUGUUUCCAUGGCUUGGAUGCCAGAGAGUGUGCAGAGCGAGGACGGAGAUGACGACAAGGUCUACCUCUUCUUCAGUGAGACAGCUGUGGAGUUCGACUGCUACAGAAAACUGGCGGUGUCCCGCGUGGCCCGUGUGUGCAAGGGGGAUCUCGGAGGUCGGAGGACGUUGCAGAAGAAAUGGACAUCCUUCCUUAAAGCCAGAUUGGAUUGUCCAGUUCCAGGCUCCCAUUUGCCUUACAUUAUCCAGGACUCAUACCGCCUGUGUGACUCCUCUCUGCACUGGAAGGAGUGCAUUUUUUACGCCAUCUUCACCCCGCAGUCGCAUACACCCAAAAUGUCUGUAGUGUGUGCGUACCACAUGUCUGACAUCAGCAAAGUUUUCUCAGAGGGGAAGUACAAGACACCGGCCUCUGUAGAAACCUCUUUUGUAAAGUGGGUGAUAUUCAGCGGAGAGAUCCCAGUGCCUCGUCCUGGAGCUUGCAUAAACAAUGAGGCUCGUAAACUGGGCAUAACUCAGACCCUGGACCUCCCAGACAAGACCCUUCAAUUUAUCCGAGACAAGCCGCUCAUGGACCAGGCUAUUGAGCCAAUAGGAGGCAGACCUGUGCUGAGUCGAAGGGGAGCCGCAUUCACACAGAUCAUAGUGAACCAAGUGCAAGCUUUGGAUGGUGAAAAGUACAACGUCAUGUUCAUAGGCACAGACCAAGGUACACUGCUGAAGGCUUUGAACUACAACGAUGGAGAGAUGUUUAUCAUAGAAGAAGUCCAGCUCUUCUUCCCUCCUCAGCCAAUCAAGGUUCUCAAGUUUUCCAAUGAAACGGGUCAAAUGUACGCUGGCUCAGACCUCCGUGUAGUACAAAUACCACCAGCUAACUGUGAGAGGUCCUCAACCUGCAUAGACUGUGUUUUAGCCAGAGAUCCAUACUGUGGAUGGGACACUGAUGAGGGGAAAUGUGUUUCUUUUCCGAGUCCACAGAGAGCGCUAAUCCAAAAUAUGAAAGGAGAUGCCUCUCUUUGCCCUGAUGCUGGGCCUGUUGAGCCUGUGCAGCUGUCCAUCUGGCCUGGAGGGACAUUUGAGCUCAGGUGUCCUUCACCUUCCAACCUGGCAAAAAUCACCUGGAAGCGGGAUGACCAGGAUGUUCCACAUUCACCUCAGGAUGGCCCGCUCACCCUAAAUGGCUCAGCUAUUGAUGCGGGUCAUUACCGCUGCUUCUCUGUGGAGCGAUCCAAAACUGGCGUGUACACCACCAUUGUAGCUGAAUACCGGGUUAGCAUAGACCCCAACGGGUCUGGCAGGGGUGGUCUGACUUCAAUUCCUCAGCCUCAGAGCGAUGCUCCAUCUCACACCGGACUGAUAGUUGUCAUCAUCCUCCUUGCCGUUUGUCUGGUUCUCCUUUUGACCUGGAUAUUUUGCAAGCACCACCUGCAUCUCCCUUGGGACCGUACAAAAGAAGAACCCCAGCAGACCCACGAUCAGGGGGCCAUGAGCCCCAAUGAGCCCAUGGUGGGGGGUGCCCCAUGUGAUUCAGAGGCGACCUACACACCAAAAGUUAAACUAUCAUCUGACGAUGAGUGACCUAUUGGAAAUUGAAUAACUUUUUGCUAUAUUACAAUUUAUAUCUAUAAUUGUCACUUUGAAAAACUCAGUGAAAACUUUUUUCUUUAAAGGAGCUAAGGUCAAAGACGACCCAUUGCUUCAAGAUUUCCAGCGUGAUACUUUUUAUUGGCUAAGAGCCUGAAACAUAAGCGUGAAUACCUUGUAGAAAAUGCAGUCCCAUCUUCUAAACUCCUCUUGUUGAUCAUAAAAAUGAUCUUUGGGUUUGUUGUAGUAGGAAGGAUUUACUUUUAUUCUUACUUUAACAAACUUUUAUUUCUCUUAGAAUCUCAAGAGGAUGAUUUGUAGAGCAACAGAUAAUGGCACCAAACACUCAGCAUUUACUUCUUUAUUUUGUCUAUUGUGGAUUCUCUUCCUGUGUUAAAAUAAUCUUUUAACUUCAGGUGUUAUUUGUUUUAUGUUGUCAGAAUAAACCCCUUCUGCUUUUUCUUUUUUUUUAACCAAUGCAACGAUCCGAGUAAAGGCAAAGUUUUUUAUUAAACCAAAUGAAACACAAUCACUCUUACGGAUACACCCUGCUAAAGGUUUUUGUGUCCAUUUGUGUUUAAUGUUCUUUUUUUUUUGUACUUUGAAAACAAUUCACUAUAUUAACAUAAAUCUUACCAAAAAUGCUGAGAGGACUGUUUCUGCUUUAGCUUAAGGCCUUGUGAAAUUAAUCUAUGUCAUUAUUCGGAGCACAACUAUUUGUACCGGAGGGCAAAUAGCUGCUACAUGCUACUGUAUAAUCUAUUUUACUGUGAUUACCAGUUUGGAUUGAUGAAUGAAUGUUACGUUUUAAGACUCACUUUUUUUUACUCACUUGUUCAGUUGACCUUAGAUCUCUAUUCAGGAGAUGUUUACAGGAAGUUCAUAUCUGUUUUUUGAAGACUUCUAAUUUUUCACAGUAAUUUUAACACAAGUUUACUGGUUUUAUGUUGUUUUUUUCUUGUGCGUUUUAAAACUGUCCUGAUUAUUUUUCAGGGGUUUAUACUGGUGAUGGAAAUGAGGCACUUUGUUCCCAACUGCCAAUCUGGAAAGAGUUUAUUGUUUUGAAAUAAAGUUGUUUUUUAUUUUUGAA